AUGUCCUCGAACUCCGUCGUCUCUGACGUUCUCUCCGCAUUACAUUCCAUCGCACACACCAAGCGUAACACUCCUCACCGUCAGGACAGCACCGCCGGCAGCAGCUUCCUUCGCCGCAGAGAUAGUACUAUUUCGGUUGCUUCGUCAGUCAAGUCGACCACUAGCAUCGCCAGUAUCAAGAGCAUCGCCCGUUCACUCUUCAGACACAAACAGGAAGACAUGGAGCCAGUCACUAAGGGAAAGGGCAAGGGCAAAGGGAAGGGGAAGAAGAGAGGUUCCGUACACAAUCCAGUGAACGCCGAACAAGCUGCUAUUGCUGCUCGUGCUGCUGAGAACAACAAGUUCUACCAGUCCCAGUCUCCCAUUACCGUUGUUCUGAGGGACCCGGUUGUGCUGGAGAAGUUGCUGGAGGGUAUCCUUGACUCGACUGCCGGUAAACGAAUGGUGUCCAGAUUGGCGCGAACAUGCAAGGCCUUCUCGGAACCGGCAUUGAAUGUGCUUUGGAGAGACCUGUACUCUUUCAUUCCAUUGAUAGGGAUGUUCCCUUCUCCCCUCCUCCGCCGACCCAAGAAGCCUGGCCUUGGUUUGACGAAGGUGCCUGAGCAGGCCGACUGGGAGAAGGUAACUCUCUACGGAGACAAGGUUCGACGCAUCACAUACGAGGAGUCGGCGAACAACGUCUCGACUACUGUGUUCCCCAUUUUCGAGGAGUAUCGUCCCAGGACAUAUCUUCUUCCUGGUCUCCGUCAUUUAACCUGGCGCGCGGAGACGCCCGUCGGUCUGGAUCGUUGCUUGAUGUUCCUCAAUCCCGAGCUCCAGACCUUGAACCUCGAGAUUGGAACGAGGUUCCCCCAACUCAGCUCCUUCCUGAAGGACGUCUCCGAUCGUACACACCUGACAUCAUUCUCAUUCGCAUCACCUACCCCCCUCCCUGACGACUUCACCGAGCUCUUGGCCCCUCAGACUGACCUACGUCGCGUGAACCUCGUUGCACCAGGUGCCCUCUCCCCCGGUGCCGGCAGAUGGCUCGGGGCCCUGCCACACCUCAGAAGCUUGCAGCUUGACUUGACGGGCCGCUCGGUGAUAGCUGUCGAAGGGUUCUUCGACAUGAUGCGUCCACGUUCUGGGGAUUCCACUCCAGACUCGAUCGGUUCAAUAGACAGCGGGGUCUUCUCAGCAGAUGAACUCGACUUCUCCGAGAUCCGCAAAUCCGCACUGAGGCUAACAGGUGACUUGCAUUCGAAAGGAGCUUUCGCCAAACUACGACAACUCCAGCUCACUGGGGAGGUCUCCAAUAUGGCUGUAUUCUUGAAGCACUUGUCGAGUCGCUUAGCCCACCUCGAGCUCGCAAUCGAGGACCCACCAGAUCGGGCCGACUGGCAAGACCUUUGCGCCGUUCUCUGCGAACAUUUCGGCCGUAGUCUUCACUCAUUGAAGAUCACUGCCACUGGCGGUUCGAAGUUCGCCGACCUCGUGCGGUCCACUACGAAGCUGGCAUCUGGAGGGACUCAUCUAACCCUCGAGUUCUUGUCCGCGCUCCCCGCUCUCAGACGGCUAGAAAUCGAUCUCCCUGAAUCCACAAUAUUCCAUGCUGCCGACCUCUCCCACCUCGCCGCCGUCUGCCCUGGCCUUGAGGAGCUCAGACUGUGCCCCACAGCGAUCUUCCCUUCACAAACAGGAGCGCCGAAGAUCACUCUGGAGGAUAUCGCACCGCUCCUGCGCGCUUGCAAGAAUCUCCAUACCCUGUCUGUCGUGGUAAAUGCUCAAGGUGGUAGCCAACAGGUCCUUCACCAACGAGACGUAUCAUCCGCAUCCCUCCAACGACUGCACGUUGGCCAUUCCUGGAUACAGGACCCACUGCAGGUCGCUAUCCUCCUCAGUCAUUUUGCCUCCAGAUGCGACACUCUUCGAUGGUUCCAUGAGCGCAACCGACCGGGGUACGUCGAAGCCAACGAUCUGGGCUGGCAAAAAGUAGCCGAAGCGCUCCCAUUCCUACAAGACGUCCGGGAAAUGGAGAGACAGGCGGUCGUCGUGUCUGUGGUGACCCAGGAACCGGAGAAGCCAGAGACCGACGAAAAAGGUGUUGACGCUACUGUGUCCACAAGGAACCAAGGCGUCAGCGUACGCCCAAUAACGUUUGAACUGUCCGUGCAAGCCUCGCCGACACUCGUUGAGGCAUGUGUCGAGGCAAUAGUGGAGCAAGUUUCAACAUCCGUCGACGCAACCACUCCUACAUCCGAAGCGAGUGUCGAUGCGGUCGUAGAAACGUCGGAGAGCUCUGUCGACGCCGUUGUAUCCACUGUUGAAAUUGCCAUCGACGCUGUCCCCGAAGUCGAAGUCUUACCCGAGGUCGACUCCGCACCUGAAGUUAAACCUGCUACCAUCCCGGAGGAUGUUGCCAACGUCGGUGUCGUCCCCUCGCCAACCUCGCCAACCUCGCCAACCUCCGUUUCCAACCACAUCGAUCCAUCUGCAUUUACCCUCUCAAAAGUGGUGGAGGCACUUUUCUCCUCCAGCAGCCACAACGACACCGCUGCAUCCGACCCCCAACCGACUCCCUCAGAAAAGAAUUAUGCCCGGCCUUCAUCAUAUGAUCUAUUCUUCUAUGCAACGUCCGCCCUCAUCUACUACCCCCUCUUCAUCCCCUUGAAAAUACUCGAUAUGUCUAUGUCAGCACUUCACCGAAAGGGACGCACUAGCAACGAGGAAGAAAUGUCAGAAAAACAGCUUACCUCGGACCCUGCUCCCAAUUAUGAUGAUACACCUAUGGACAGUAUGCCCGGCGUUAUGACCCCUCCUCAAGUCCGUCCAUAA